AUGAACCCCUACAUCAGUUGGGCAAUCCUGCUGGUUGUGGCUGGCGGCCUGGGCUGGUAUUACACGAAUGGCUCCCAACCCAAAGCCAAGGCCGCCAUGAAGGCCGCCGUGGAGAAAACCGAGGCCACGGUGGCGCCCAAGAAACAAAAGCGCAGCAAGCCCAAGCCUGCCCCGGAAGCGGCCAAGAAGCCCGUGGUGAAGACCGUGGUGUCGCCUCCAACCACCGAGGAUGAGAAGCCGGACGAGGAUAUUGACCAGAAGGAGAUGGCGCGACGCCUGGCCGGCAUCAAGAACGGCACCUCCCAGACGGCCGCCAAAGGCGAAAAGAAGAAGAAGACCAAGAAGGCCGCCGCCGUUCCGCUUGAGAGCAAUGCCUCGUCCACCACCGGCGCCGAUGCAGACGACGAUCUGUCUCCUGCGGUCUCGCCCGUGGUGAACGCCGUGCCUGCGGCUGGAUACGUGUCCGAUAUGCUGGAGGCCCCUGCCCCCGGAGCGUCUGUGCUCCGGGUCACGGGCAACGUGGAGAGCGAGCCCAAGAAGCAGAGGGCGCAGACCUUUAAGCAGGUGGAGACCAAGAAGCAGCGCCAGAACCGCCUGAAGAACGAGGCGCGGAAGCAGCAGGUCCAGGAGGCCGAGGAGCAGCGCCGGAAGCUGCUUGAGAAGCAGAUGCACUCGGCCCGGGAGUCCGAGCGCCAGACCGCUGCUCGGUCAACUCCGCCCCCCAGCAACGCUUGGCAGACUAAGGAGGUCAACGCCUCGCGCCCCGCCGUCGCCUCCGCCCCCGUCGAGCUCCUGGACACUUUCGACCCUGCCCCUGCGGCGCCGGCCCCGAAGAAGUGGUCCCUGGGCCUGCCCUCGGAGGAGGAGCAGAUGCGCAUGCUGGGAGCCAACGAUGCCGAGGACGAGUGGACCACGGUCUCUAAGAAGCAGCCCAAGAAGAAGGGCGGCAAGGCCGAGGAGAGCGUGAGCGACACAUCGGAGAGCCAGCCCACCCCUGCGGCUCCCAUGCCCGUUGAACCACGCGUCACGGUGAAGCCCACCUACCUGCCCGACAUCCUGCAGUCGAGUGAGAAGGGCCACCCCUUGGACUCGGACUGGGCCGCAUGA